GUCCCCUUCCCCGGACUUCCAGCCGUCCCCCUUCAGUCCCCUAAAGCUACACAUGAGGAGCCGUGAACCUCGGCCCUCAGGGACUUCAACCUCUGCAGGCCCCUGUGGCAGCUGAAUCGCAAAAAUUGCACCAUCAAAUCAAUCACUCGGUGGUGCUUACUGAGCGCUUACUGUGUGCCCAGCACCUUACUAAGCGCCGGGGAGAAGGAGAGCUUUCCCUUCCCAGGACUCGGCUGGUCUGAGCCACAGCUUUUUGCCCUUCCCCUCGUCUCUUCUUCUUCCCCCUCAUCCUCCCUUCAGCAAUUUUAUUUCUGUCCCGGCCAGUAUGGUUGGUACUUCCAGAGGGCUCUGCGGCCACUCGAGCGGUCAACCCUUACAGCUGGGAGGUAGCCCCCGGCUUCAGAGUCCCGGAAUUAACCGGAAGAUUUCUUUUACUCUACAUUAUGACCGGACCGCCGCGGUGAAUAACCCAGCCACUGGAAUGGAGAAAGCCACGUUGGAAAAAGUUCAGUUGGAGGAUGUACUUCACCAUCUCAGGAAAGAAGGAAUUGACCCGCAUGCUACGGCAGAAGAACAACUUUGUUACGUCUGGUGCUUAUUCCAGCACAGUGAAGGCAGGUUAAGAUCUGCUUCCCAAGAUUUAGAAGAUCUUAAAGUAAAACAAGCAGAAGAGAUGAAAGAAGUAGAAAACUAUGUGACGCAUAUUCGUAACCUAACGGAAGAACGAGAAGCUCUCACAACUGAUUUUGGAAAGGAAAACGCGCAGCUCAAACUUGAAGUUCAAGGACUGCAGCUCCAACGAGAAGCCCAGCGAAAGGAGGUUGAGGAAAUGUUGGAUCAAGAGGGUUUACCUGAAAUAGCUCAUAGCAGCCACAGCGAGCAGAUCGCGUAUUUACUGGUAGAAAGAACUACACUCUUGGAGAAAUUGGCAGAUCCGAAGUUGGAAUCCUCCAGUUACGAGGGCAGUGGCUUCCCGGAAGUUCAUCAUCAGUGCCAUCAUGAAGAACUGGAAAAAGAGAAAGCUGUACGAAAAUGCGUGGAGCGGGAUGUGGAAGAAGCAGCUAGCAGAUUGCGGAUGGCUCAUCAGGAGAUUCGCAGAUUGACUGACGAACUCGAUUCAAAAAGAAAGGAGCAAACGAAACUGGAGCUUGCUUUGGAGUCGGCCCAGCAGGAGAUUCAGAAAUUGGAAGAAAACAUGAGUAAAUUUAAAGAUAGUGAUUCCGUUGAUCUGCAGAAGGCCAAGGAACGUAAUCAAAGACUGGACCAGGAGAUUCUAGCUUUACAGAGUCGCGUCCAAACCCUUGACUCAGAACGAAAGGAGUUCGUGGAACUCGUUACGAAACUUAAAGAAGAAAUUUCUAAGUACCAGGAGAAUGAGAAAGCUGGACUCCUCUUUCCCAGGCAGAAUGCAAGUCCUGAACACACAAUGCAGGAUAAAAAGAACCAAGAAGGAAAGUGCUUUUCAUGUGAAGCAGACCCAAAUCAACACAGCCAUGAAAUCCUUCAUAAGAGGUGUCAGAAGGCAAUCGAAGAACGAGAGUGCCGGAACGCCGAGCUCCUUUAUAAGCUCCAAAAGCUUCAACGGGAACAUGAAGAUCUGGUGGAACGGAAUGAAGAGUUAGAGUCCGUUCUGGGAGAGACUCAGUGCCAAACCAAAGAGGAGAGAGAAUAUUUUGAAUGUGAAACUGAAAGACUUCAAAGGAAGGUCUCCAGUUUAGAGGCUGAGUUAUCCAAAGUCCAAAAAGGCACAUCAGAGAGCAGCCAAGAAACCGUUAAAAAAGUACAAGAUUUCCAAGAGAUAUUGAAAAUUAAUCAAGAAAAAAUGGAAAUUCUUGAAAGCAAGUUAUCGGAAGAGAGAGAAUGGCGCCAGCAGCUGAUAUCUGACCUUGAUACGGCACAGAAGGGUUUGAAGGCCAAAAAUGAGGAAUUACAAAACUCAGAGUCAGAGCUCACGUGUCUUUAUAAUGAAAUCCAAAGGGCAGCGGAAGACGGAGAUUUUCUUAAUGCAACACAUGCAGUACUACAAAGAGAGAAUUCUUUAUUAAAAAUAAAGGUGUCGGAGCUUUCUCGAGAUUAUGAACAGUUAAGUCCGUUAAUUGUGGGGGGAAAAGCUGCAGAUGUGUGUUUAAUUUCCAUCGAAAGCCCACUUAAAGAGCCUGUGACUAAAGCACAGAUAUUGGAAGAACAAAGCCCGGGCGCAGAGAGAAGGCAGUUCUGUUCUGAAGUAGCAGGGAGUCCCGAGCGUGUGGCGGCGAUGGAAGACCAUCGUCGUAGCCAGAAAGAGAGGCAGAGGGAAGAACGUCUCCGAGUGAGCCGGGACGUGCGCAUCGAAGGACCGCCGGGGUGUAGCAAAUCUGAGGAAGUAGUAAGUCUUAGCGAAGAGAAGAGCCAUUUGAUUAACACGUUCCUCCGAUUCCGCAGCUCUGGCGAUAGUACAGAUGACAGUAGCAAGCAGCAUCCGUCCGGCAAGGCCUCACCACAGCAGCAACGAGAAGAACUGCAGCGCCUUCGACAGGAUUUCUUUCGGAUCCAGAACCUGUGUAGCUCGGCCGAGAAAGAGCUCCGAUACGAACGGGGCAAGAAUUCAGAUUUAAAGCAGCAUAACUCCCUGCUUCAACAAGAAAACGCUAAGGUCAAAGCAGAAUUGAAGCAGGCCCAGCUGGAGUUAUCAGAAAGUGCAAAGAUGUAUUCUUCCCUCACAGGCGAGUGGGAGCACUGUCGGGAAAAGGUGCGGGAGCUGGAACUCGAGGUUCGGAAGCAAAGCGAGAAAAGUGAAUCCCAGAACGACCUGGGAGAGCAUCUUUCUCAAGAGAAAGCUAGACUUGCCGACGCGGAGCAAAAGGGUUUGGAGCUGCAGCAGAACCUGCAAGAUUCUCUGCAAAAGCUCAGCCGUGUCGAAGCGGAAAAGAAUCAACUAGUGGAAAAAAUGAACGAGGCAAAAGAAAACGAAGAAAAAUUCAAGCAGCGCUAUGAGGAAGAACAACAACAAAGGAAAUUCCUUGAUCAGACUGUACAGACACUUCAGCAACAAAUACAAAUCUUACGUGACAGAGAGACUCUCUUGGAACAGACUGUCGCUAACCAGCACUUGCAAAUCAAAGAACAUCAGGCCCUACUUCAAGAGUUAGAAGAUGAAAAGAAAAUAUCUGAUGAGCAUCUUCAUUGUCAAAGGAACUGUCAGAAACUGUCGGAACAGCUGUCUGCGUUACACCGAGAGCAGGAAACCCAGCGUGAAAAAUAUAGUGAAUUCUUGAAUCAAUUUGAUGCCGACGUGAGAAAAUAUAACGAAAAGCAACUCCACCUAAAAGCCAAGGUGCGCAGAGCCAAGGAGAAUUUCGCCCAUGAAGUGAGACGAAGAGACGACACGAUCAAGCGGCUUGAACACGAAAUCGAGAUAAUGCGGAAACAGCUGGAAAAGGGAGAGGAAUUUCACUCCCAAAUCAUCGCCAAGAAUGAGACCCUACUCCGGGAAAACUGGAAACUCUCAGAAGAGCUCAGCGUUCAGGAAGAAGUCGCAAAAGACAGCAAAUUGAUAAUAACGUCUAUCCAAAACAGAGUCUUGUUCCUGGACGAAGAGAACAAGCGACUGCACGACGUCACCCUCCGGCUCAGCCAGCAGGUCAGCCUCCUGGAACGCGUUUUAAGGAACAUCCAUUCUUCCAGCGUGGAGGAGAUAACUCUGAGUGUGUCCUCUGGCUGCCAGCUGUUCAGUAAGAAUUUGCCUCUUCCUCCAGUUUCCAGUUUUUCAGCACCAGGUUUGAUAGAACCCAUUAAGGGCCUUAAAGCGAUUGAAGAACCCAGGUCGGAAGGACCGACGGGAAGCUCGAAGACUUCUCUGUCCGCCUUGGAAUCCCCACAUUCCGAGGCGGCUUACCUGAACGUGGCUUCCCCGGAAGGCCGGCCGAUAAUCCGGGAGAAGGGAAAAGGAGUGGCGUAGCUCCUUCGCCGCUCACGUCCGACAGCGGCUCGUACGGAGCCUUCGGCCCCGGGCUCAAGACGGAGAUGAUCACAGGACUCCUCCGGGCCCCACGGGGAUUUUUAGAAACAGAUCAGUUCAUUAAAUAAUUCCGCUAA